AUGCCACUCUGGGUGUUCUUUGUGAUUCUCACCCUCACCAGUGGCUCCCACUGCUCACCGACCCCUUCGCUGCCCUCCAGGAUGCGGCGAUACGCAGAUGCCAUCUUCACCAACAGCUACAGGAAAGUUCUGGGCCAGCUGUCUGCCCGCAAACUGCUCCAGGACAUCAUGAGCAGGCAAGGAACCAGGGUACGGCUUGGCCGUCAGGUGGACAGCAUGUGGGCAGACCACAGGCAGAUGGCGCUGGAGAGCCUCUUGCAGGGAUUCCCAAGGAUGAAGCCUUCAGUGGAGGCUUGA